CAGCUAGGUAAACAAACAGGAGAGGAGAGGAAACGAGCAGCAGCAGGCACUUUGCUGGCUCUGUGCUCCCUCGGGGAAAUUUUAUAUGAUUUAUAUCAAAUUUUGUAAACAUUUAAUAUCGUGUUUCCUAGAAACUUUUAAUACUUUGAUACGCUGGUUUUGACAUUUUCUAACAUCGGCACCUGGCAAGGAUUGGCUGAGGCUUUCCAGUUUGGAAAACUGGAUUUCCCCCCCUCUUCAUCCGACUAAGGCUGCUGUUGAGCCAGCGAAGAGACCGAACAAGUUAAUAACACGACAACAAAACAGUAUCACUUAAAGUAGUAAUAACCGAUGCACUGUCUUCGCUGUAUUUGAAAGCGACCUGCCGUUGAUGCUGUUUGCGAAGCUAACGUUACGUUAACCUGAAGAGAGCCUAGCUAACGUCAACGGCAGCCAGCCGCAGGAAAGAAUGACUGCUGUUCAGUUAAUAAAUAUCCAACGGUUAUUGGAAGCUGCGGAAUAUCUAGAAAGGAAAGAUAGAGAGUGUGAACACGGAUAUGCUUCGACAUUUCCAUCAAGUCAGGACACAAACUACCAGAGGCAAAGGAAAUUCCGAAAUAAGAAGUUCAGCAGUAACCACAAUAGGUCCACACAUAAUGAGCUGGAGAAGAAUAGACGAGCUCACCUGCGGCUGUGUCUCGAGAGGUUGAAGGCCCUCAUACCUCUGGGACCAGACUGCAACCGCCACACAACCCUGGGCCUGCUCAACAAAGCCAAAGCACACAUAAAGAAACUUGAAGAUGCAGACAGGAAGAGCCAGUACCAGCUGGAAUCUCUGGAGCGGGAGCAGAGGCACCUCCAGCGCCAGCUGGAGCUGCUGAGGGGAGGCAGCGGUGCUGCAGCCCAGAGCAGCCCAGGGGAUGGGGAGAGGAUACGCAUGGACAGUGUGGGCUCCACCCUCUGCUCCGACCGCUCUGACUCUGACCAAGAGGAGAUCGAGGUGGACGUGGAAAGCACAGAGUUCUCCCAUGGAGAACUGGACAGUGUGAGCACAGCGAGCACCAGCGACCUGGACGACCACAGCAGCUUGCAGAGCAUGGCUAGCGACGAGGGCUACUCCUCCUGCAGUGUCAAACUUGCCUUCUCCUCCUAGAGCCCCACACCAUCACCGCCAGCACCACCUCCCUGCCAAACUCCGCCGGCCCUCCCAUCCGUUUAUCCAUCCAGCCAUACCUACAUGCAGACACCCACGGCCACAGCUGACGGCGUUCCUGUCGCUCCUGCCUCUCAGCAGCGCCCCCACCUGCUCCUAACCUUUAGUUCCUCCUUCUCUCCUCCUGCGCUGCUAAAAUCACUGUUGGAGGAGCUCCACUGAAGCUUUUCCUCACUUCUGAACUUUGAGCCGCCCCGACCAACACCGACACCAGGGACACAAACAGAGUGAUGUGAAACUGCCAAUCGAUUUUAAAUCUGCUUUUGUAGGGAGAUCAGAGUUGGUUGAGAAGAAAUACAUAAUCUUCAUUUUUAAAUCCACGCAAUUGAAAUGAAUGAUUGAUUUCACUUCUUUUCUUUUCUCGACCUGUCAAAUGUCUGAAUUUGUUUUAGAGGUACACAACCCCUCAUUUGAUCCAAAAUGCACUUAAAUUAGAGUUUUUGUUGGGUUCUCUCUCCUGUGGAGUGUGUGUGUGUAUGUGUGUGUGUGUCCCUAUGUAGCCCUUCCUAACGUUGUGGUGUCGGGCUUGGAUAAAAGGCAGCACUUCUAAUCUGGACUAUAAUCAACACUGUGGGUGAACUUUGCCAUAUCAACACAGCUUGGCCCUGAUAAAUGUCCCUUCAACCCUGAAUUUAAUCCUUGUUUUAUUGUUUUUUUCAUUACCUCUGUUUGACACCGCAGAAGCUUGGACACUCAAAUUGGUGCUAUUGUGAAACAAACCAACGGGGAAGCAGAUCAGAUCCACCACCACUAAGCUUUUAAAGCAAAACAAAGUGUGUCUGCAGUGAUUGUUUCCAACCAAGCGCAGAGGAACACAACCAAAACAAUAGAGGAAAAAAACAACAACAUUCCUGUUGAAUGUGGGUGCUCAGUGCAUUUUCAAAGAGUGCAAAUUGUAACUUGUGUGUUUUGUUUUGUUUUGUUUUGGUUUCUCUCCCCUCGACAAGCAGCUACAACAAGCUAUCCUGCACUUGCCUACUUUAGAGCUGUCCAUAGAAAUGGCACAAACCGAGUAAAACUAUAGAAAAACAAGAACAGCAACAAGAAAAAAGUCCAAACAACAACAAACUUUGGAAUAGAUGUCCAUCCUCUUUCCAGCAGUAACAAGCAAUAACCCUUGUAGUUCUUUUUUUCUCCUCAGUUUGAACACCUUGCUGUUUUUUUUUCUCCUCUCCCCUAAAGACUGUGUGACCGUCCUUUUUUUUUUUUGUACAUAAAAAUAGCUUAAUGAAUUAAACCUUAAAAAGGAGUAAAAAAUAAAUAAAAAAAAGUUAGAGCUCAUGGAUAGAUCUAUUGCCUCUGUUGCUGUUUGACCUGUGUUUAUUGUGCAUUUAAAACUUUUGGAAAGGUUUUAUCCUCUUCAGAGUGCCAGUGGAUGUGGCCUGGACACUAUUACUUUGUUCAGUUUGCUGUUGGAAACUUUUAAAAGUGACCAAUUGUGUUGCUGCCCUGAGAAGGAAAAGAAAAGUUACUCUUCAAAGUGAUAUAAAAAAACACGACAGAACAA